AUGAUGUUUGCACAAAUGCCCUUUAUGAAUGAUGAUAUAAAGACGUGUAUUGAUAUUUUUGACAAAGACAUGUGCAAAAGCGAUCCAUAUGGUUGUUUAGAUCAGUGUUUGAUAGUACCGUUAAACAAAAUGUCUAAACCAAAGGAUAUACCUGUAAUCAUUAUCAUUGACGGUUUAGAUGAAUGUUUUGAUGACAGCAGAGGUGUGAACGACAUACUCCGAAUUCUUCAAAAAAGACUACAUCUAUUUCCACUCUGGAUAAAAUUUUUAGUGUCAACCAGACCAGAUCCAAGGAUAAAACAUCUGACUGUAGAUCUCCAUGUAAUGCGGUUAAAUGACUUUUCAAGGGAAAAUAUGAAUGAUAUAGUUAUGUAUAGAAAACAUUUAAGUUCAAACAUGUCUGUGAGUUUUACGAACAAGUACAAAAAUAUUAAUGUUUCUAAUUUUCUUCUACUAUCACUUCUUAACCAGAGUAGCGGAACCAUUGAGGCAGUUCAGUCUGGUGCUUUGUUCCCAAGUUCAUUAUAUGUGUUUUACGAACAUCAGUUUCAACGCUUCUUUACUUCCAAAUAUGAAGAGACAUUUAUAAAUUCAAAAACUAUACUUGAAGUUAUUUACUCGUCUUUUGAACCACCCACAAGGGACAAAGUAUGGUUGAUUGUGUCAGAUGUUACUAGUAUGACUUUUAAACAAUUCAAUUUAAGUUUUCAGCUGUUGGACAAUUUUUUUCACAAAAUUGAAAACGAAAUUCACUUUUUCCACUUAUCUUUUCGAGAAUGGCUUAUAGAUGAAAGUAAUAUCGACUUCUCUAUUGAUAUUGAAUGCGGACAUGAAUUAAAUGCUUUACAUAUAUUUCAGCAGAUAGAAUAUGGUAAUUUUGAAAACGACAUCAUAGAUCUUGUCAUGCAUGUUGAUCUUUCAUUUUCAAAGGCCCUACAUCAGCAGUUUUUGAGCGUUCCUAAACUAACAAUGUUACAAACUGAACAAAAUAAAGACGAAUACCCUCUUUUUAGAUUAGUGAGACGGCGGGACAGUUCUGAAGCUAUAAACUUGCUUAUGUAUCAUUUUGAAGACAUUGAUGCUCGAAAUAAAGAUAAUGUCACGGCUCUUUAUAUCGCUGCAUCGCUGGGGCACGUGAAAGCCUUCAAUGCAUUAAUACUUAAAGGUUCUAACGUAAGCUUCCGGACAAAUUCGUACAGCAAAAUCAUUAACUUUGAAGAAGCUUUCACGGUGUCAAUUGAACAUCAGCAUUGGGAUUAUGGUAUUAUGGACAUUGCAGCUCAACAUGGCCAUGAAAAUGUUGUUAAAUAUGUACUGAAAAAUAAUAAUCAUCUAUUCAAUUACCCGAUAACAAGGUACAAUUCGAUGCAUUUGUUACCAAUUCAUCUAGCAUGUAAAAAGGGACAUACUACAAUCGUGAAACUUUUACACUCCAAAUACAAAUGGAUGCUUGACUGGCAGUGUUUAUAUUACGCCUCGGAAAUUGGACGGUUGUGUCUAGUAAAUUAUAUCCUCGACAAUGGGAUUGAGGACAAGUGCUACAAAUGUGAAUCACAUAUGUCAUGGAUAAAAAAGGGACAGCUUCGGGUACAAGGUCAUGUUUUUCGCGAUUCUGAAGUUAUGGACAAAGGACUUUCAUUUGUUCUUCUAGACGAUUGGGCAAACAUCACAUGCGAGUCUGCAUUGCAUAUUGCUGUUAGGGAAAACAAACUUGAUGUUGUUAACAUAUUAAUAAAUAAAUCAAAACGUACUUCAUUUUGUUAUGAUAGAGGUGGAAAAACGCCCGUCAUAUCUGCACUACAAUACGGCAAUCAAGGCAUUGUGGAGUAUUUUUUAAGUAUUGGGAUCUUAACUGGUAACGAAACAUGCGCAACAAUCCGUCCUUUGAAUGACAGCUUUAAACUUCAUGAAAAGGAAGUGACCAGAAUUGGCAAGUCCUUUUGUGAAAAUCAUAUGACAGUUCCACAUAUUCUUGCAAAAUACAAUCAUAUCAUCCUAUCUCAUAUGUUAAUACGGAGUGGAAUAGCAUUAAAUUGGAUGACUAGGGACAUGGAAGGGUGUUAUCCAAUACAUUUAGCUGCAUGUCAUGGUAGUGUGGAAAUGUUGAGCUAUCUUCUUAAACAUCUCGUUAUGCAUUUUGAGCUUUUCAUGUGUGCUAAUGGUUCAACAGCUUUACAUUCUGCUGUAGAAUGGCGAUCUCCAUCAAGUACUAAAAUACUUCUUAUGCACAAUAAAAAUUACUCAGGAGAAUCAAAAUCCAAAAUGUUUAUGUAUAUAAAACUUGCAAUGAAUACAAGUUAUGAACCGGAAUUGGCUAGUAACUACAUGGAUAUAGAAAUAAGAAUAUCAAAAAUUAUAUUCAUGCUUAUUUCAAAAGAUUGGGACUUUAAUAUUACAGACGCAUUCGGCAGAAACAUUUUGCAUUAUGCAAUUACUCAAGGUCAUUUCAAAGUUGUUCUUGAGUUGUUCAAGAAUUUUCGAGACGAAUCAAAUAUUCUUCUUGAAGCCGAAGAUAUUGACAACAGAACUCCUUUACGUUACGCGUUGUUAAAGUUAAAACCAUUUUCCUCGUUUUUCCUCCCAAAUCAGUCAUUUGGGAACUCAACUUUUGGACCUACAGAUGAGUCUAUAGAUCAAAUGACUGCAAAUGAUUUCGGCAGAGAUGCAAGCAGUAUUGUUUAA